UUUGUUUUUCUUUACACUGAGAAAACCGGUCUUUUUAAAGGUUUGAUCAUACGCAGAGGUAGCUCGACUGCAACACGACGGCGAGCUAAGCUAGAAGCGACAGCGGCGCAAUAACAGCAUUUAAUUUGACACACUUUCACCACCACGUUUUGUGCGGAACAUCUUGAAUCUCAAAGGUGUCAGCUGAGCAAGUUGACUUGGGCCGAACCGAGUCAAACAACGUUAAAGGUGUGCUUGCUGCGGCGACGCAGACGUGUGGACAGCAGUGCAGAUAGCCGGUGUUACGGUUUAACAGGCGACCCUGUUAACCGGCGACUUUUCGCAUAUAGCUGUCCUCGUGAAUGCCGCUUGGUUUAAUUUAGUAAUUAAGUGUCAAGCCCUCUCAUAUACAUACUAAUAUAUACUAUACGAAUUAAACAAUGUGGCAUUCACGAGGGCAGCUACGUGUUCUCUCCAUUUUCAACAGCCAUCUGUAACGACGACAACAACGGACGCGUUGGUUCAUAGUCGCCAGUUAACACGGUCGCUUCUUAAACCGUAACACCAAUACUGCUUGUGAAGAUGAGCUGUCAAACCGCAAGGCAGCUGUAGACUACUUCCAGAUAACUUCUUUGUGUCACAGUUCCUCAACUGUGCUCCGAGCCCCAUGAUGGCAGUGCAAGGUGUUAUCCACCGGGUGCCAGCCUACCUGGUCACGCUGCUCUGCUUAGCCGAAGUCCUGCCCGCCGUCUCUGAGUCGGACAGAAGUUACUACGAGACUCUCAAUGUUGAGCUAUCAGCAAGUAGCAGCCACAUAAAGAAGGCUUUCCGCCAACUGGCCAUAAAAUACCACCCCGAUAAGAACAAAAGUGUCGAUGCCGAGAAGACUUUCAGAGAGGUUGUUGAAGCCUACAGGGUGCUCUCCAACAAGGAGACGAGGAGGCUGUAUGACAAUGUGGGCCACGUGGCUUUCCUCAAAGACGAGGACCCUGUAGACCCUGAGGAUGAACAUGAGACAAGGCCCUUUGGUUUUGAAGACCUCUUCCAUGACUUUGAGGACAGUCCCUUUGUGGAGGAGCCGCUCUUCCACUGGACCUUUCACCAGGAUGGGAGCGAGGAGGAUGGUCCAUAUCAACAUUACAGUAUAGAAGAGCCUGGCUUCAGCUUUUAUUUUGGGGAUGAAGAAGAGGACCAGUACUGCUAGAUGUUUAGCACCUUUGACGCUGUAUCCUGUGUGUCCGUUUAAGUGCAUUGACUUUGAUAAGCACGUCUUUAUAUUGUAUAUUGUAGUUUGUAGAAAUUCAGCUAAAGAGAUCUUUAAUAUUUUGCACCUGGUACCACAUUCCUCUGUUAAAUAAUGAUUGAUCUUAACACCACGCACCCAGUUUAACACUAAAGGUGAUCAAAUAUUUGUAAAUUGUGGAAUAUAGCUUUCCAUUACAAAUGAGAUCUUUUCCCUCCAAUGAUAUCUUUUUUUUAAAUGUCUCUUUUCUGUAGCCUUUUAAUUAGACAUGCUUGACCAUGUGCUGGUUUUGAUCUGUUGGUAUUUAUUUUUGCUGUUGAGCUAUGAAUUGAUCAAUUUGAUGCUUUUUAUUAAUUUAGUUGUAUUCUCUUAUUUGUGUCUGUUUAUAUUCGAUUAUUCCAGUUUUAUUUUAUCUCUUUGUAAAGCACGUUGGUUAUUUUUUAAUUGGCUCUAUAAAUAAACUGGACUGGACUGAGGAA